AUGGAGUAUUUUUUAUAGAGUUCCUUAUUUCUGUAUACUCUCGGGAAAUAAAAUUUACAUCCUAGUUGUUGCACAGCUGAUCUCGUAGUGUUGUUUAUAGUGAUAUCUCUUUUUUCCUGUUUAUUUCCACUGCGAAAGAACAUUACGUGUAUUUGAAAAGUUCAUUUUAUAUUCCCCGAUAAUAAUGUCUUACCAUUGUUUUAACGUGAUGACGUAUUUAAGAAAAAUGCAUUGAGCAAGUUAUUCAGUAAUAUCGAAUGGAUGGGAAACGUAUCAACAAGAACGAAUUAACGAUUAUGGUAUACUUUUCGGGUACCUGGGUUAUGGGAGAAACAAAAUCGCAGUGUCAUAAUACAAACAGUUCCUCCUUCCUGCAGGAGAAUGAUGAAGAGGUUGCGUUAUUACCACUUAAAAAUCAGGUUGGUGGACAUACCCGACUAUUAUUACUCAACCAGAAUACUAUUUGUAAACCAUUAAACUGCAGAGAACUUGACUUUUAUCAAAACAUUCCACAAGACAUUCAAAUUUUUGUUCCAAAAUUUAAAGGUGUUUUGCAAGCUUCUAAUAGUGGUGGGUUUACAUUAGACAAACGUUAUAGUCCCAAUUUUAAAGAACAAGAUAAUAAUAGACAGGGACACAAUUCAAGUAAGAGAAAAAGAGAAGAUGUGUUAAGAAUGAAAAUUCAUCGUGAUAAUACGUUAGGAGAAAUAUUAAAACCAGAUAUACAUUUGGAUAAUGCAUCAAACAGGCAAUAUUUUCUUUUACUGGAAAAUAUAACAUCACAAUAUAUUCAUCCUUGUAUAUUGGACUUGAAAAUGGGGACCAGACAACAUGGUGAUGAUGCGUCUGCUGAAAAACGUAGCAAACAAAUUGCAAAGUGUGCUGCUAGUACAUCAGCUUCAUUGGGUGUUAGAUUAUGUGGAAUGCAGGUUUAUCAAGCCAAUACCAAUCAUUAUGUGAAAAAAGAUAAAUACUGGGGUAGGAAGUUAGAUGAAGAAGGUUUUAAAGCAGCGUUAUAUCGAUUUUUUCAUAAUGGUUUUCGUUUACGAACGUUAGUUAUCGAAAAAGUGGUAUCACAAUUAGAACAACUACGACGUGCAAUUGAAAGGCAAAGCAAUUAUCGAUUUUAUUCAUGUUCAUUAUUAGUAGUUUACGAAGGUUAUCAAAGGGAAUUUUCGGGAGGUAAUCAUUCGUUACCUGUAUUACGAAUGAAUGAUGAAUCAAUUAAUUCUAGUUUCGUUACCAAUGAUGCUCAUACGUCAGACAAUUGUUACGACGGUGACAUAAAUAACAGUUCCACAGAUUAUAAUAUUACUAUGGAAGAGGAAAUUCGCCAAACGAGUACUUUAUGCAGAGAAUUUGUUGAAGCGGCAGCUAGAGGGACCAAACGUAUCGCCAGUUUUUACCCUACAAGUUAUACCGGACAUUGUCCAACCCUGAAGUUUCGCGUUGGGAAACGAUUCGGAGCGUGUACUCAAGAAAUCAUGAAGGAAUUACUUCAAAAGAAAAUCCUCAAGACAGGUCCUUAUAGACCCAAUUUUGAGAAGGAUAUACACGAAAAUACGACUAUUAUUUACGAGAAAGAUACUAACGCGCAAAAAGAAGUGCAUCUCUUCAAAGCUCCACCGUACAUUUUAGGAUAUACUGGAUAUAUUCCUGGGUUUAACAAUAGAUAUGGUUUGUCUUUUAUGAAAGCAGUAGAAGAAGGUGCCAAAGAAUGGUGCGAAAAUCAAAUUAAACUAAAAGCUCGUAGAGAUCUUACGUGUUCUAAAAUCGAAAAGGACGUUAGCUCUAGACAAUUUUUACUCCGAACACGAACCAACGGCACAGAUAUGCGUGUAUCGAACGAUUAUGAUCAUGAUUGUAACAAUAAAAAUCGACUAACCACAUUUCAUUAUGAAAUUUCUCCUGAAAAACCACCAAUUGUAGGCUAUACCGGUCAUAUUCCAGGUGUGAAAGGAGAAGUUGCGCUUUCGAAAAGAUAUGCACAAGCUGCAAAGAAAGGAUUGGAAUUAGUUCGAAAGGAACGUGAAGGGAGAUUUGGCAAAUUAAAAGACACUAAUACAGUAGAGAAAGUUUUAAAUGUGACUCGUUUCGAUGAAACUAAUGUCGCCAAAACUUGAAUUUAUCUAAUUUUUUAUUACAAUUUUAUUUUAACAAAAAAAAAAAAAACAUUUAAUGUAUCUACAAAUCAACAAUCUUUUUUAACAAUAAUUUUUAUUUGAAAUUUAUUUUUAUUUUUAUGCUGCAGAUAACAAAUCAAAACACAAAGAGAAUUAUUAAUUCUUUGCAAACAAGUACUUUCUUGAUUCUGAUUCUUGGUGAAGAUAUUAGCAAUAAAAAUAUGUAUUGUUUUAUGAAAAUUUUAUUGGUAAUAAUUGAAGACUAAGUAAUAA